CGCAGCAAGACCGCAAUGGGGUCUUGUGAGAAGUUUGUCGCAAUUGCCCUCGGGACGAUCUCGUGGAUCUGAUUGUGAAGCUCAUCGUUGCACCCAGUUUGUGAGUUAGUUCUUUGUUGUUGGUGUUGUAAUUAGCUGGGUUGGGAGACGGAGCCAUGGCGGGCAUGCCGGAUCCGCUGACAGACCUUCCUCCGCCUUCUCGUUUCGACCCGGACGAGCUCAAUGCAUUUGCAGCUAGUGAUGUGCAGCCCUCUCCGCCUCUCAUCGUCUGGGCUCCAUGGGCCAAGACUCUCCUUCAAUCAGGUGUGUUGCAACCGCAACUUGCACUGUUUUGUGUCUCCGAUGUUGGUAUCCACCUUUUGCACCAGAUUCCUAACAAGAGAAUUGUUGGUUCCAUUGUCCUCCCUGAGAUCUCCAUGGUGAAUAAUGAGAUAGAACCAAGUCCACACAAUAAAGAAUGUUACCUUUAUGCAGUCGACUCGCAGGCCUCAGUUGUAUUCGCAUCUAUUCAGUAUGCCAUUCCGCCAGAAAGUGCGACCAUCUGGACUAAAUCACUGUUCCAAGCCAUCCGGCCUGAGAGGGUGCUGAUCAUGGAUGGAAUAUCAACCCUUCAUUUUAGGGGAAAACUUUCAGCUGAUGAACCUCUCUUAUUUCUUCUGGAAACCAGCGCAUCCAAGAAAGGAAAGAAGAACAAGGAUUCUAUUGCGCCCUACUAUCCUUCUGGAAGCUUGGUAGACGGUGUUGCUGCAGCCCUCAUCACCCAUUGUCAACUAAGAGCUUUAAGAGCAGAACUUUUGAUGUCAUGGCCUACUGCGGAUACUAGCGUAGUCAAUCAGUUGGCUUCGGCUCUGCAGAAUGUGUGUCAACAAGCUCUUGCAAACAAUGUGAUCAUAGACUUCAUUGCAGCUGCAAAAUCAAUUGCAGGGAGGAGGCUACUUUCAGAUUCAGAGAUUUACAUGUAACAUAUCAAUAAACAACUUUUACAUCAUCA